CGGGAGUGACGUUAAGACUUGAAUGGAGAGCCGUGCCGGGGGCGGUUGUGGCCGUGACAGAAACCUUCGGGGUCGGUCCCCAGCGGGGGCGGCUCCGCCGGCCUCUCGCUGCCUCAUGAGCUCCGACUUCUUGGGGGAGGAGGCGUUGGGCAAGUACUGCUGCCACGAGACUCCAGUUGUUUGGCCAGAGUGGUUGUCGGCCGCGCACACGCUGCUCCGGAGGCGUUUGCAGCUGAGGCGGUGCUCUCCGAUUCUGACAGCAAUGCAGCAAGUGUUGGAUAACCUUACGGGGCUGCCCUCAUCUACGGGAGCAGAAGAAAUAGACCUAAUUUUCCUCAAGGGGAUUAUGGAGAAUCCUAUUGUAAAAUCACUUGCUAAGGCUCAUGAGAGGCUGGAAGAUUCAAAACUAGAAGCUGUCAGUGAUAAUAACUUGGAAUUAGUCAAUGAAAUUCUCGAAGAUAUCAGCCCUCUAGUAAAUGUGGAUGAAGAUGUGGCAGAACUGGUUGGUAUACUCAAAGAGCCUCACUUCCAGUCACUCUUGGAGGCCCAUGAUAUUGUGGCAUCAAAGUGUUACGAGUCACCUCCAUCAAGCCCGGAAAUGAAUAAUUCUUCUGUCAAUAAUCAGUUAUUACCAGUAGAUGCCAUUCGUAUUCUUGGUAUUCACAAAAGGGCUGGGGAACCACUGGGUGUAACAUUUAGGGUUGAAAAUAAUGAUCUGGUAAUCGCCCGAAUCCUCCAUGGAGGGAUGAUAGACCGUCAAGGUCUGCUUCAUGUGGGAGAUAUCAUUAAAGAAGUCAAUGGCCAUGAAGUUGGGAACAACCCAAAGGAAUUACAAGAAUUACUGAAAAAUAUUAGUGGAAGUGUCACCCUGAAAAUUUUACCAAGCUAUAGAGAUACCAUUAUUCCUCAGCAGGUAUUUGUGAAAUGUCAUUUUGAUUAUAAUCCAUACAAUGAUAACCUGAUACCCUGCAAAGAAGCAGGAUUGAAGUUUUCAAAAGGAGAAAUUCUUCAGAUUGUAAACAGAGAAGACCCAAACUGGUGGCAGGCUAGCCAUGUAAAAGAGGGAGGAAGUGCUGGCCUCAUUCCAAGCCAGUUCCUGGAAGAGAAGAGAAAGGCCUUUGUUAGAAGAGACUGGGACAAUUCAGGACCUUUUUGUGGAACCAUAAGUAGCAAAAAAAAGAAAAAGAUGAUGUAUCUCACAACCAGAAAUGCAGAAUUCGAUCGUCAUGAAAUCCAGAUAUAUGAGGAGGUAGCCAAAAUGCCUCCCUUCCAGAGAAAGACGUUAGUAUUGAUAGGAGCUCAAGGUGUGGGACGGAGAAGCUUGAAAAACAGGUUCAUAGUGUUAAAUCCCACUAGAUUUGGAACCACAGUGCCAUUUACUUCACGGAAACCAAGAGAAGAUGAAAAAGAUGGCCAAGCAUAUAAAUUUGUGUCACGAUCUGAGAUGGAAGCUGAUAUUAAAGCUGGAAAAUAUUUGGAACAUGGGGAAUACGAAGGAAAUCUCUACGGAACCAAGAUCGACUCUAUUCUUGAAGUUGUCCAAACUGGAAGAACUUGCAUUUUGGAUGUCAACCCACAAGCCCUAAAAGUGCUGAGGACAUCCGAGUUCAUGCCCUAUGUUGUGUUUAUUGCUGCUCCAGAACUAGAUACCUUACGUGCCAUGCACAAGGCUGUAGUGGAUGCUGGUAUCACUACCAAACUUUUGACGGACUCUGACUUGAAGAAAACAGUGGAUGAAAGUGCACGGAUUCAAAGAGCAUACAACCACUAUUUUGAUCUCAUCAUCGUCAAUGACAAUCUAGACAAAGCCUUUGAGAAACUGCAGACUGCCAUAGAGAAACUAAGAAUGGAGCCACAGUGGGUCCCAAUCAGCUGGGUUUACUGAUGAUUCAGUAAGGCUCACAAUUCAAAUAAAACUUCCAAAAAGUGACUGCAACAAACAAACCUUCUACUGAGAAAAUACAUGCACAGAUAGAAGAUAUCUGCCAAGUCCAGGCAUUUUUAUUGUGUAGAUUGAAAUACCAGUACACUAUUCUGAAUUUUUAUAUAAAAUGUGGUUGAGAAGGUGUACUAAUAUAUGAUUUAUCUUAAUUUUUCUAACUUUUUAUGGAUAAUCUUUCUAUUCAUAUCACAUAAAGAAAUGCGUUGAAGCAUUUUGUAUAUGUUUUGAUUUAGUACCCUUGCCUUUUUCAUCCAAGGAAUUUUCAAAUCAUUCACUCUAACAUUGGUCUACAUUUUCACUGUGAUAAUGAAUACUUGAAAUAGUUUUGUAAAGCUGCCAUUUAGUUCAGUAUUUAGUGAAGGGUCAGCUACUCUUAUUAGGAAAAAAUAAUGGUUUAUUGGCCUUCUUUCCUAAUAUAUUCAGUUUCUUACAGAAGCAGAAUUUUAAUGUCAGUGCUACAGCUAGUCUACUACCAUUCAAAUCUGACAUCGGAAGUCUGCUCAGCGCGACAUAGCUUCGUUAUUUCAGAGUUGUAUGGCUAUCCGUUCUAAUUUAUGCAGCUAUAUUAGUUUUUUCCCUUCAUGCUCUCUCUUGUGAAAAAAUGAAGAGCAAUACCUUGCACUCUCAUUUGUUGCAGUGAUGGGCUGAUGCUUCAUUAACAUGUACACAGCAAGCAAGGCCAUGCCGGCCAAGAGAGUGCCUUAUCCUGCAAACCUUACAGCAGAAUGACUCUGAAAGCUGAUCUGUUGUAAAAGUUUAACUGGUGAAAGUGUACCUAUUGCUUUAUACAGUUUUCUAUUAGGAUAUGAUCAGCAAAUGUAUCAUGCCUCUGAAAAUUUCUGUGAUGCUGAAAAAUGCCUCUUAAGUUUGCAGUUGGGGGUUUAUGUGAACAAUCAGUUUGCUUUCUGUGAUGUGAUCAUUAGGGUAUUUUUUCAGUUUAUUGUGUUGUGAACCAAAUCCACUGAACAAUUUAUGAAAUCUGGAAAAAAUCGUCAAAUGUUUUCUCUCAGUAGACUAUAUGUAUUAUAUAAUAUGUACAGUGUAUGUAUUAUAUAAUAUGUAUUAAAUAAUGUUUUAUAUUUUUUUUACAUUUGUUAGGAAAUGUACUUUUUGUUUAGGAAGUAAACUUUUUGAUUAGGAAAACACCUUUCCUUCUUUAGAUACGUUAACAUACGCAAAUUUCCAAAAUUCAUCUCAGUUAAUAUCUUCCUUUAGGAUUCUUUGAUGGUAUAAAUUCUUCUAAAGUAUAUUCAGAGAUGCAGAUUAUUGUUAAACUAAGUUAGCCAUAUUUUAUACUGCUGCUAGCUUUUCACAUAAACACUAUUCACACUUAACGGGUUAGGUGCUUAAACUUUGGUGAUCAUCUUUGUUUGCUGGUAGGCACAGACCCCUGGCUGCUGAAAUUUGUUUUCCCCUCAGCUAAGCUGUCACAUGGACUGCUAGCCUGAAGGACUCGGAGGGAAGAGAAAAUACAUGGUGAUAAGCAGCAGGCACACUGUUCUUCUUCACAGUGAAACCAAACACCCAAGUAGCUGUAUGGAGGUUCAUUGUCCCAGAAUAGGAAAUUGGUAGCAAAAUGGAUCAUACCUUUUAGUAACUUUGGUAACUUUUAAACCACGUACAUUUACAUCAAAGUCUUGGCUUCUCAAAGAUGAAUCAAAGCACAGUGUUGAGAUGAUGUCCCAUGACUUAGCAUCUUAACACGCUAUAAAUUUUAAGAGAAAUUUUAUUUUCACAUUCUCAGGAAGUAUGGUGUCUUCUGCAGUGUGCCUUCAUGCUGCUACCUGCAGCGUCUUGGGGAUCACUGGGGCUGCUGCCUGCAGCCUCUUGGGGUUCACUGGGGCCGCUGCCUGCAGCCUCUAGGGGAUCACUGGAGCCGCUGCCUGCAGCCUCUUGGGGAUAGCAGCUCAAGAAGUCUAUCCACAGGAUAUUUUACCCAUCGACACACAGAGAUGGUUUUUACAUCAGACAUAUUUUAGGCCUUAUCACAUGGUAUAAAGUGCACAUUAUUUAGAAAACAGUCUACACUUAAAAGAGUUAUUUCUAUUAUAAAUGGUAUUCAUGACUAACUAGUUUAUACACAUGAGAUUCCUCCUAAUAUAAAAUGGAACAGUGCAGUUGAUUUAAUUUCCAUCUAGAUGCCAGAGCUGAAAAGAAUAAGUUUAUAGCAAAGUUCAUCUAUCUCAAUAAAGAGCCAUUGAACUUGAAACUGAAGUCCCAUCUGGUUCUAUAGAAACCAGCAGAGCUCUGCUGGGGCAAGAAGUCCCAGAGGUCCCGGAAUUCUCCUAUAGCAAUGAGAGUAUAGUUGUGAUCAAGGGAAUGUGAACUUCUGUAGGGAAGGUCUAAGAUAACUAGCUUUACUGAAGAGAAAAUAGUUUAAGGUGAUGCUGAACAGUUGGUAAUCGUUAAAAAUAUACGUGCAUAUGCUUUUGGGAAACAGUGUGCUAACAUACUAAUGCACCUGAGGAUUCCUUGUGGACAGGUGAGUAUCCACAUUCAGCAUUCAGGGCAUGAUUAUUUAUAUACAGCUAAAUAUUAUAUAUAUUUUUAAAUAUACAAAUAUCCCAUAUCCAUAGAGUUGAUGUCCCUGGAUAAGUCAUUUAACUGUAACUAGUAUAAUAUAUGUGAUGCACUCAAGUAGAAUUUUUCCUUUUAUUAUAACCAAGCCUCGAUUAUGCAGUUUCCAUUUCUGUUUGAUAUUUGGAUAGUGUCAAAUAAAAUACUAUCCAAUACAUCAGGACUUUGUUUACUUUUACCAUACAACUGCUGAACAUAGUUUUCUAAGGUAGAAAUCAUAUCAUAAACCCAGUACAGCAAUAGUAGCCUGAACCCUAGAUUCUAGAAUCUAGUAAAUUUAAUAGAAUAGCUUAUAAGGACAAGUUUUCUUUAAAAGAGCAAAUUGGAUAUUAACACAAAUUUAGAAAAAGAAUGCAUAUUAGCAAUAAAAUAUGUUAGUGUAGCAUUAUAGACUAUGGCCAGGUACUAGCUGCUUUGACCGUAAUAUCCCAGUGACCAUAGAAGAUGAUCUUUGUUUUAAAGAGUCAUUAAAUUUGUACUUAUUUUUAUGGAUAACAACAAGUGUCACAAUCCAGUGAUUGGCAUUGAUUUUUCAGAUGGAUAGCCAUGGAGUUAGGUAUAAUUAUUUUAAACUGGUAAAUAUUAAACAUAAAGUUUUGAAAAUUGGUCUACUUAACACUGUACUUUUAGGACUUCUGAAACAACACCCCAUUUUCCAGAAACCACAGGCUAGGGAGCCAAUAAUUUUAUAGUGAUGAGUCUUUAUACUACAUAUGGAAAAAGCAAUCCUGAAGUUUUCUGUAUAUAGCUAGCAGGUCAUUUUUUAAAUGUUUGAGUCAUCAUACAUAUAUAUAUAUAUUAUAUAUAUACAGCUAUGUGUAUAAUAUGUAAAAUUCUCCCAAGAUAUAUGGAUAAUAAUAAUACUAAAAUGUUCACUAUGUAAUUAUAACUAAUGCUCUUACAUUUUUAAUUAUUUCCAAAUUCUUAGACAUUAUGAAACUUUUCACAUAGUUUUCAGAGGCUCUGGUUUUACUUUGAGGCAGAUACUAAUCCCCUUUCUGAAAAAUAUAUUUGGAAUUAAGCUCAGAAAGGUAUUCUAACUUAAUUUCCUUAGGGAAAAAGGACAGAGUCAUGGAUGGAAACCUCUUGGAAAAUACUUAUUUAACUCUUCAAAUGAAUUUGAGAUAUGGUUCAGGCUUAGCGAUUAUAGUACCUGCCCUCCUCUUGGAUUUGUUGUGAGAAUUCAUGUAAUAACAUCUGUAAUGGAUUUGGAGUUCUUGGGAGAAAUUCAGUAUUUUAAAUAAUAGGAUUAUUGUAUAUAGUACAAGUUAAUAUUCACAAAGUUUUAAGAAUACAAUUGAGUAAUAAUUCAUCAUAUCAGUUUUUACAUAUACAUUAUAUGUCUGAAGAAGAUAACAAUUCUAUAAUUUUCUUAAGAUUAUUUUAACUGCAUUUUUGCUAGCUUGAAAUUUUAUUUUUAAUAUUUUCCAUAAUUUAUCAUAUUACUUUGUUUCUGGAAUGGCUUAGUACACAGAAUCAAAAAUGAGUCCUUAAACACUAGAAAGUGAAGGAAUGAUGCUAUCUCAUUUCUAAGGUAAGACUUUAAAAGCGUGAUUUGCACUACUUCUGCAGUACCACUGUACUGCAUUCUUCAAAAUAGUCUCUCUUUUGAUAAAAAUAGAGCUGGUGCACUUCUACUGGCUGAGAUUCUAAUUAUGACUCCUGACCAUAUGACCAUUGAUAAAAUUUACAUCUCCCUUUUAAUAAUACACUUGUUAAAUAAGGCUAACUUAAUAUUUGUCUUCACCUUAAAUUACAAGAAGUAAUUUAUAACUCUGAUGAGGUAAAUGGUAAAUUGGAAAAUCUUUAUUAAGCUACUUUAUCUGUUUAUUAUAUAUAUUCAUUUGCCCUGAGUUUGCUUAUUUUUUAGUUCUUUUAAAGUGUACCUCUCUUGGAGGUAACAUAGUGAUAGGUGCACACUAUUUAGAAAUUCUGCCUUCAGUUUUAAAACAGCUCUGAGGAUGUUUGUCCAGCCUGAAAGAGGUUGUAUUCCGGUCGGUCUCUUAGUGGCCUUGGUCAGGAGGUUUUGAGUUCAGAAUCCUUUUCUAAGGCCAGACCUUUAGGAAAUCCUCCUCCUCACCAACCAGACCACUCACAAGUCAAACAAAAUUUAAGUAAGCAAUCCAGUACUCUAUUACAUCUGAAGACAUUCUGAUCUUUGCCCCUUAAAGCUGCUUACCUUAUUCUUCUGCCUGAAAUUUAUCACUGCAACCCUAUUGUUUAACCCAUAGUAUUAAGUUUAAAAGGCAUUUGUUUCUUUAAAAGGGGAAACAUAUUCAAUUACCUCCAGUUGAGGGACCUCGAAUCCAACAGGACUAACUUUUUUUUUAGUUUUGUUCUCUACCUGCUUCAAGGCCACUGGCUGAUACUGCAGUGCUAUGAGAAAUCUGACUUGCCUCCAUACACCAAAGCUGGCCAGAAGCAACAAUUCUUUUUUUCUCCCCUACCAGCUUUAAUUGUUUUCUAAUAUACAGCACAAAUUAAAUGAACACAUCUACAGAUGAUGUAAAUGCCACUUAUAACUUGGCAGAUUAAAUGACUUAAUGCUUGUAAAUCUGUCUUGAGUCCCAGUGAACAAGUACUAACACAGAGCAAAAGCCAAAAGGCCUUAUUUUAGAAGUCAGGGAUAAAUAUCUUUAUUGCACUUCAGUCACAGCAAGCCAGGGGUAGAAACAUACAAAUAUGACAGACCAUGCCUGAAACUUAACCUUCAUAUCAGUCAAGGAGGCCUGGGAGCUUGGAGGAAGAGAGAAACUCUGCUAUAUAUAUUAUUACCAACACUAAACCAUAAGUCAUUACCAAUUAAAAUAUGUGGUUCUCGUCUUAUUCUUAAAUAGAGGCAGGCAGUGAUGUGAGUAACCUUACUUGGCAGACUUUGCAGAACAUACACUGUUCUGAUAAACAUGGACUAACUGAGAAAUGCCUUAGUCUUUUUAGUGGAACUUGGAGGAAUAGCUGAUCUCCAUCUGUAACUGAAAUACAAGGUAAAUACUUCUCUUGGCUUUGUGUUCUCUUUAAAAAAGAACUGCUGUCUCCUGUUUCUUCAAUAACAUUGAUUUUUAAGAAAAUGUUAUCUUGGAUUUUGCUAGAAGAAUGAACACUGGGGUUCAGCACCUAGUAUAAUUUCCACAUGUUAUGUUAGCUCUGUUAAGAGCCCAUGAUGAAAAUUUGAUGUGAAGACUUUGGGUGUUUUUCCCACCCCAUUUCAUUUUGGUAUAUUUUUAUUUUGAACACAUAUGCAUGCUCUUUUUAACCUCUAGUCUGUGAAAUGAUGGUAGAAGAGUUUUUUUUUUUUUUAAUGGAGGGCAAAAUACUUGUUAACAACCAAAAAAUUAAAGCUGAACAAGCUGCUAAAGGUGAAAAAGUUUAAAAAUAAAAUUAAUUGCUACUGCUUUCCAAGUAAUUGUAUUACUAGUACCUGUACAAAAGAAACAUUAUUGCUGUCCUUGUAUAAAUAAAAUUUACCUGCAGUACAAUUAAGUAUUGACUUCUCAGCUACUGUCCCUGUAUAAAUUUUUCUUUUCACAUAUUAAUGUUGUCCAAAAUGAAAUUUACUGAAAUGUUCAAUCUGUGAGACUGCAUACUCCCGGUAAAAUAUUUUUGUACAUAUAAAGAAAUAAAUACUUAAUAUUGGAAAAA